AGCUUUGCUGAGUUAAAUUUUGUUCCUUGAAAGCUGCAAACCGCCAAAAACACCGUGGAAGCACUACCGGUAUUGUCGCCAUUGCUGUACCAGUACUAUACUGAGUUCGUACCUGAAUGGAUCGAGGUAGAUACCACCAUGGCUACCCCUGACCAACUAGAGUUCAUUAGAGAAGUGCUACGAUCAGCGCCUGCUGGUAACUUCAAUGCCUUGUUGGAGGACAUGCAGAAGCUUGCAGGUUCUUCGGUUCCAGAUGAUGCUUGGGCGGAAAUUAAAAGUCACCAUGAGCGUGAUACGUGCGCUGCCACUCAAGAAGACCUGUCCCAUCCAUUGGCGGCUUUAUUGAAACAAGAGCUGAACAAGUACCAAGAGGGUCUCUACAGCGGUGGAAAGGACGUUAUCUCUCGUGGUGAGAUUUCUGCAGGAAGCAACAAUGAUGAAGUUGUCUUGCGAACAUAUGCCGAGCGGGUGGAUGAAGCAAAGAGCCGAACUGGUUUCUGGUCCGCUGAAUGGACCAUUAAAUCAGAUGCAUCGACUGCAGAAAUUUCAGGAAAAUUAAAGAUUUGCUCCUUCUCCUUUGAAGGUGGGAACUUUCAACUUCGAUCCACAAGAGAAUUCGCUCCUAAAACGGUGGAAGGCGAAUUGGCCCCUGCCAUUAUGAAGCAAAUUGCCUCCUGGGAGAAUGAAGCCUUUGUAUCCCUUAUGGAUUCCUAUGCGCAAUCUACCCAUAGCUUGAAAUCUAUUCGAGGAAUUCUACCGGUAACACACACACGGCUAAAUUGGAAUGUGGUGGUUCACCGCACAGCAAGGACUCUCCAAGAUACAGUCCAAAAAUGAUGAUGAGGGUAUCAAAAUAAAAGAAGAGCCCUGAACACAUGGCAGUGUUCAAUUUACUGUCUUAUGGUCCUCACUCAAGAGUGGCAGCAAUUCUGCAAAUCUAGCAUCAGCAGAAAUGAGCUUUUCCCUGCUAUCGAAUCCCUAUGUUUAGAUUGAUUAUGAAACCAGCAUCCCAAAUAAAUGCUUCUUGUAGCGUUACAGUAGAGUAGUUAAUCCCCAGCUGUCAUUCGCUAUCCUGCAACUGUUCAUUGCUUCGCACGAUGGCAGUACCCAUCGUUUCAACUUGUGUUA